GUAAAGACAAGGGGGAAUGAGGACCGUCUAGGUAGGAAUGGAUUUAGGCCAGGCCCCCCUUCCCCCAUAAGGUGCCCGUGUUUAGCAUCCCCCAACUCUUCCCAGGUAGCCCCUCAGGUAGAACAAAGGAAGGGGCUAGCCACGGCGGGAAAAAAGUGGGCGGGUUGGGGGAGGAAGCAGAGGAGGAGCGUGGGGCAGGUCAGUGUUUUAAGGGGAUGCUGUGGUGAUUUUGCUCAUACUUACUUGUUUUUUGUGUCCUGCAGGAUCGUCAUCGGUUGAUGUCAGCAGCAGCAGCAGCAGCAGCAGCAGAGGCAGGAUUUGGCAGCAGCAGAAGCAGGAUUCGAAGGCAGCAGAGAAGAAUUCGGCGGAGGCAAGAUUCAGCAGCAGCAGCUGCGGAAGAAGCUUGUCGGGAGUCAGAGAUGGAAGGCGUCGCAGCAGGAGUGGAUGCGCCCAGGAGGAAGAUCCUUCGGGCGAAAAGAUGAUGAUUAUGAUGAGGAUAUUGAUGGGGAUGUUGAUGUUGAUUUAGAUGAUGGCAUAUAUGAGGAGGAUGGUGAUUUCGGUUAUGAGGGUGUGCAAAAUCGUUGUUCUUGGCAGUAUGCAAGGAGGCCUAGGUGGGCAGAGCGACGGUAUAGUGGUAAUAACUGUGGCCAAAGUUUCUUUUUCAGGAAUAAAGAGGAGGAGGACAGUUGGAGACAGUGGAGGAAAGAGAGAAGGCAGGAGCAGUUGGGUAGUGGAAGGCAGCAGGAUCAGCCAUCUACUUCGGCAGCAGUUCUUACAGUGCAGAAGGAAGGUCGCAGCUCGUCUACAUCGACAGCAGUGCAUCCAGUGCAGGAGGAAGGGCGCACUUCAUCGGGGAUGGUUGGUGCAUUGGCAGGAGGUGCGACAACUUGCAACAUUUUGAUAUUAGGCCAUUCAUUUAUUUUCUGGGCAAUGAAGCAUGCAGGGGUGGCAGGACAGCAGAUGGGUUUGCCGGAGGAACACAUGAAGAUCGUUUGGCUUGGUAAGAGAGGGAUGAGAUGGGAGCAGCUGAGAGGUAUGUCCUUGGGAGCAGCAAAAAGGAAUCCUAUAGAUUUAUUAAUCAUACAUGCGGGGGGGAAUGAUCUUACGUCACAUAGGACCCCAGCUCUUAUUGAAAACAUGAAGGCUGACUUAACAGAUAUUUUGAGCAAUGGGAGAAUCCGAUGUAUGGCAUGGUCUGAUAUGAUUCCUAGAAGCAAUUGGAGAGGUGCCUCUUCCCCAAAAGGCAUUGAGAAGGUCAGGAAGAAGGUUAACAGGGCCAUGCAUAAAUUCAUGUGUUCUUCCGGCGGGGGGGCGUGAUAAGGCAUGAAAAUAUAAAAUGUAGGCAAACAAGGUUGUACAGACAGGAUG